CCUAAGUGCCCUCAUCAGAAUUCUCUAAAGAUCAAACACCCGACUUCAUCAACUCGAACAUAAACCAAUCGCCCACGAAAAUGCUCUUCCGCACCGCCAUCGUCUCUGGCCUUCUCGUCGCGCUCAGCAUGAUGACUGGCGUCGAAGCCAGGAAGUGUGCUUGCCGGGGAGGCUCGCCCAACUCACAGGCAGCGUGCCGUGCCAUUGGCGCAUCAUAUGGGUAUGGGUGCGGUUUUGGUGGAUGCUGCGUCAACCCAGGAACCCAGGAAUCGAGGUUUAGGA